CGUAACUGGAAGCAGGAUUCACAUUUGGCCUGCAGAUCACCACAUUUCCAAGCUGCUGAUACGCCAACUUGUUGCACUGACCACACUUUAGGCAACAGCGACAUCAAGUGGUCACCCGGAGAAGCCAUUAACGACAUACCACAUUUAGGACUUUUUCCAGCGCACUUCACUGAGGAAUUCAAGUAGUAAUUCGAUGUUAAAAACAACCGAGACAACAGUUGUGACUUGCAUAUGUUGUUUCAUUUACCCUUUAAAUGCUCAACCGAUUGACAGGCUAACGUUUCAUAAAAAAUUAAAUGAGCCAAAACGCUGUGAAUCAGACACAGGCUCAUUUUCUGACUCAUAAUAAUCAAAACUCACUGCCAGGAAACCAUCCAGUUGUUUGGGAUUUUUGGAAGGGAAAAGGAAGAGCAAAAUUAGACACAUCUUCAAAAUAUUGACAUUUAUGUUAGGAAGUGAUUAAGCAAUGAUUAGACUGUUCUGUUUGUCAUUUUAGAAACCAUAGAGGAGAUUUUAAAAAAGACACAUUACAUUAGUAUUCAAAGAUAAAAGCAAACAAUUUAUGUCAUUUGAAGGUAUGACAGGUUAAUAUUUGAAUAAUCCCCGCUAAAAGCACGCACCAAAAAAAGUGUAUUUAUAUGCCUAGCAGGCUUUAUGAGCUGAUUCAUGUGACAAAAAGAAUAUAAAUGUGUAUUGCUGGAGUUUUUUUUGUUAUGAAAUAGCGCAUGUGGUUUAUUGCAUAAAUGCUAAGACUAAUGUUAGAAGUUAGUCAUCUGGUCAUAAGUCUUAAUAACUGGUAAUUAAGUAGGUUACAUAAAAACAUUGGUCUAAUCUGAAUCGGAAAAGAGACUAAUUGCCACUUGGCUUUAUGCAGCUAUUUUCUUUCUUUCUUACAAUACAUUUUCUCUUAGCAUUUCUGUGCGGUGAUAAUUUAAUCAGCACCCUUUACUCUUUACUCUAUUAAUCCAGGGGCAAACUUUGUAGAACCUUAGAGAAUAACCAGUUCAACCAGCCUUCUAGAAAAAGACAGGCGGACAAGCGCACUUUUUGAUUUGAGGCAGGACAGAGCUAAAUAGUAUUUCGCUCCAGAAUAAGAAUACUUGGCAGCGCACGAGGGGGGAAGAAAAUCUGUUUUCCACUGCUGUGCAGGACUCACUUCCCUGCAGUGCAUACUUGCGCACAUGGACGCAGAAGUGCUUUGAAAUGACACCUCUUAUGGGCUAGACCAUGAUCUAUUUGUCUAAGAGAACACGAGGAAGUCAUGCCAAAGGAUCAGAUCUCCGUAAGAUGCGAGUAAAAUCCUAACCCCCCAGUGUUGCUGCGCUACUGUCAACUCUCUGCACAGGAAUGAGAGGAAUAUUGCUGUUCCAUUCGGGCCAGUUUAUGCAAUAAACGCAGACAGUUCUCCAUACAGCAAAGCAUUGCCAGCGGCGACUGAUUUGCUGGGUCAAUCUCGCAACGAUUGCAACCAGGUUUGCGUUGACCGCGCUGCAACAGCUGCAUUUGCGCUCUGAGUUGGAGAAGCUCUCGCGCAUGGGACCUACCAGGGAGGCUCAGAGAUGUUCUCGUGGAAUAUGGACAGAAUGAUUGAUGUGGAAGCUCCAGAACGGUAAACGACCCGUGUGCGCAACAAUGCAGCGAAUUCUUCAGAGGAGACGGAUCCGCACACUGCGCUUGGUUUGGUCGCUCAUGGCCGUGCUCGCGCUGUCCCUGGCCGUGUGCAGUGCCAUAUUUACAGUGUGGACAAUGCGACAAACGCGGGACCUGUCGAGGUCUUUCCAAACUCUGCAGGAGCGCUUAGAGCAGGUGAAUAUGCAGCGCAAGGCCAUCUUCCAGCUCAUCCUGGAAAAACGCGAACUGCUGGAGAGUCAGAGGUUCCGCAGAGAUGCGGGAGGGAGGAAAGGAAAUGGACGAAAAGUGGCCUCUCAUUUUGAGAUAACCAACAAUUCCGUCCAAAAAGUGGGGAAUGAGGGAGUCAUUAAAGGAUGGACUGAGGAGCAGCUGAAUAUGAGCAGGGCAGUGCAUUAUAAUCCAGAGACUGGCACCUUUAAAGUGGAGCGCAGUGGUGUCUACUUCCUGUACUGUCAAGUACACUUCAACGAGAACCAGAGUCAGUAUGUGAAGCUCGAGGUGUCCGUUCCUAAGGGCCCUUUGCUCCAGUGCAUCGAGGGAUACGGAACCACACCAGCAUCUGGCUCGCACAGGUUUCACUUCCUAAAGCCUUGCCAGGUCUCCGGCCUCCUACGCCUUAACAAGGGCGCCGAGCUGAAGGCCAUCACCGGAGGUUCCUUCAGUCUGCAGAUGUCGGGCAAACACUACUUUGGCCUCUUCAAAGUCAACUAGAGGCACAGACGGUUUUCCAGACACCUCAGCUGUAUGGACAAAAUAGUUUUAUAGUUUUCCACAGAUCACUGGCCCAAAAGUACCUAACCUAAACCUGUCUCUUUGAACCUGGCAUUGCUUUAAAAGAGGAAAUUUUGACUCAGCGAGGAACGUUUCUAUAACCAGCUGACUGUGGUCACGGAUGACCCCUUUAUGAACGCAAGUGCCCUUCCAUGGAGAUGUCAUCAGGAUGUUAAUGACUGCACAUCUUGCCUUGCUGGACCAAUUUAUGAAGAAUCAUUUGGUACUCUGUCGGUUUGGCUGCAAAUGCCUUAUUAAAAGCAAACCAGCACAAUUUCUACUAUAUAAAUAUAGCAUCUAAUUACAGCAUACCAGAGACAUUGCUCCAGCAGCGUGGUUGGCUUAUAUACUGGCAUAAUCAGUUUGACCAAAAGCACGAUGAAUUUUCAGCAGCGUUGCAGGCCACUGCAAGCAUGAGAGGUUUCACCACUGGUUACUUGGCUGGACCAAAACAGAGUUGCCCUAGUUCCUGAACUGCCUUACCACUGGAUGGGUUCAGCACAGAAAAAUGAAGGUUUUGUUUGGUCGUUAUGCAUCAGAAACUUUACUUUUGUUGUUGCAUCGAUUUGCAACAACAAGCCACACGUUUCUUUCCAAAUACACUGUCACUGUGACAUGAAACAUAUAGUAAUAUUUAUCGAUGACAAGGCCGUGACUUCAAAACAGAUGAUGUAUCUUGUGUACUGUACUGUGUCACUGAAAGUGGACUGUGUGUACAUAUGGCAUGUAGGCUGAUGGCAUGGACGGCAUAGACCUUUAAAAGUCACGGUAUGCAGUAUGCCUUUAGUUUUUAUAUAAUGUGCAAUUUUAUGUUAUAUUUUUUUAAAAGGUAAAGUUACAGAUUUUUACAUCAUCGUAAUUUCAUUUAAUCUCACUAAUUAGAAAUGUAUGAAACCACUGGUGACUCGAAUCCGUCAAUGUCUACCUGACCUACCGCUCCUGAAGCCUUUUGUAAAUCUUGUCAAUUCUGUCAAUUAAAUCUGAAAUGGAAAUUACAACCAUG